AUGCUGCGGGAGAGUGGGCGGGCGGCGGGCGGGCAGGGGCGCAGCAGCCGCGCCUGGAGCCUCCGCACGCCGCCCCCAAGCCCCGAAGCCCCGAAGCCCCGAAGCCCCGGCCGCGCCCUGACGCCCCCGAGCACGCGCUCACUCCCGCUGCCCCGGCCCGCAUUGCUUCGGCGCCCCCGGGCUCGCUCUCCGGACGCCUCCCCGAUUCCUCGCUGCACCCUGAUCCGUCCUGGACGCCAGGCCCCCCCACUCUCCCAUCCCGUCCCAUCCUCAGUCCCACCCCACUUGUCCUUCACCCUCACCUGUACGUAUGGACCCCCAGGCCCCCAAGAGCUGAGCCCCUUGGCCUUCGCAGCUUCCCUUUCAAAGCUCUGCUCCCCAGGACCUCUAUCUCUUGCCAGCCGCUACCUCCCAAAGGAGCCCCAAAUAGACUUCUGGGAGCGGUAG